AUGCCCACUGAUGACCCUAAUCCACCAUUACCGCGUCUCCCGGACGACAUCCUUCGCAUGAUCUUCGCUCGCAUAGGAUCGCACGGCGACACCUUCUCCCUCGCGGUUACCUGUAACCGAUGGCUCGAAAUCGCGCGUCCCGCUCAAACCGCCCUCGUCGUUCGCGAAACCCGCGAAACGUCCUCCCGACAGCUCGCGAAAGCCAUCGCGCAGUUUCGCAACCUUUCGCGCAUCCAUCUCCCCAACUGCAGUGUCGACAGCGUGGGUGACGACCUCCUCGACCGAAUCGGCGCGUCUUGCGGCGCGACUCUCGCUUCCUUCCGCUUCGGAACAGUGCGACCUCCAGCAAUUCAAGGCGCCGUCAGCAGUCGUCACGCGGACGAUGCGCAUACAUCGCGUGAGCGGGUCGCGCAAGAAGCGGAGGAACACCAAGAACUGCCAGAAGCGGAAGAAGCAAUGCCCGCCGAGUCGACGGCGGAAGCAGCUCUCUACUCCGAAAUCACAGAAGCGGGCUUGGAUAGGCUUUUUCGGGCCUGCCCGCGGUUAGAAGAGUUUGGUCUGCACUGCGCGCCAAACAUCUCCCUUCGACCAGCGUCGUUUCUCGAGCUCGCGCGGAUCGGCGGGGGACCGUUGGAUGCCGAUUCGGUUUACAAGUGGAGCAUACCGAACGACGCCAGCGCGCCGCCGAGCCUCCAGUUUCCGAAGCUGCAGGCUCCGAACCUGACCGCGCUGCCGGAUAGCCUCGGCGAGCUGACGAACCUGCGCGAUCUUCAGAUUGGCUGCAGCGCUUUGCGAUCCCUGCCCGAGACUCUCGGGCAGCUGUCACAGCUGACACGGCUGCACGUGACUGACUGCGGGCUUGCGCAGCUACCCGACUCUCUAUGCAACCUGCCCGCGCUCUCCUUCCUCUCCAUCACUUACUGCAUGCGAAUCAGCCGUCUGCCUGCGAAUCUCGGGCAGCUCUCUUCUUUACAGUCCCUGCAGCUUCACAGCGUGUUUAGUCUAGAAACGGUGCCGGAAUCUCUCGGGCAGCUGCCAAAUCUCGAAGCGCUGCGCCUCCAUGGAUGCAAGAGGCUAACUGAGCUACCUACGUCGGUCUAUCAGCUGACACGGCUCCAGCUGUUGAGUAUUAAAGACUGCCCGCGGAUAGUUAGCCUCCCUGAAGAUAUAGGUUUCCUUAGCCGACUCGAGUCGCUGGAGAUUAACACGUGUGAGUCGCUGAUUGGCCUCCCGCCCUCGUUUGUCCACCUCAUCAGCCUCCAGUCUCUUGAGGUUUGCUUCUGCAAAAGUUUUGCUUCGAUUCCCGCAGAUUUCGGGCAGCUACCGAGCCUCCACACCCUCAAGAUCUCCUCUAUUUCCUGUCUAGCCCACCUGCCCGAGUCCAUGGGGCAGCUUUCUUCCCUGAAACACCUGGAGCUGUCCCAUUGGCCGCUUCUUCGCGCUCUGCCGCUCGCCCUGUUCGCGCUGAAGUCACUCCAAUGCCUGGCUGUCACGAGCUGCCGUCAUCUCUCAUCCCUUCCUGUGAGCAUCACCCAGCUGACGUCACUGAAGCUGUUGAAUCUGUCUGGUUCUGCCGCCCUUACUGCACUGCCGGAGUUCCUCUGCCGGCUCAGCAGCCUGGAGCAGAUCCUCUUGACUGAUUGCUUUCGUUUGGUGCGACUGCCCGAGAAUCUCGGGCAGCUAAUAAAUCUUCGACUGCUAGACCUGGAGGGAUGCGACAGCUUGCAAAAUUUGCCCGACGCACUUUCGUCCCUAGACAGACUGCAGGUCCGAGCAAGACCAGUGUUACGAAGAGUGAUGGCAACAAAAGCUGAUAACGGUUUGGAUUGCAAUUCUUACAGUAAAGGAGGAGGCUCUGAUUUAGAGGAUCAGGACAAUCUAGAGAUUUCGCAGGAUACACAGGAGUCGCAGCAGAGGACAGGUGGAGAUGUGCCAACGGUGCAAGGGGGAGUGGAGUUGGAACCAGAAGGUGAGAAGAGAGUAGGGGAGGAGGCGUGGAACGGUGAGGAUGAGUGGGAUGGUGAUUGGGAGUGGUUGCAGGAGGAGAGGGCCCAGAGGGAGUGGCAUCAGCGGUCACAGCGCUGGUGUGUUUUGGGGCUGUCACCAUUGAGAGUGGCAAAAAGAAUGCUUCUUGUUCAGCCUGGAAAGCUGUGCAGAGUCCCUUUGUGCACAGGCCAGACAAGGCCUGCACAAUAA